CAUUAUUUAAAAGUAGGGCUUGUAUUAUUUGAAAUAAUAAUAUUCAGUCAGUUGGGAGAAACUAACAAGAUGAAAGUCGCAUGGAUUCUUUUGCUAUCUUUAUUCCUUGUCUUCCUCUUAGAGGAUUGCGAAGCAUGGAGGCGGCGUAGAUUCAGAAUAAGAAUAAGAGUUAGGCGUUUUACCAGAAAGGUAUUACCCAGAAUUCGAGGAAGGCGCCUUAUACGCAAAAUUGGUCAUAUAAUUAAAGGCACAAUCAAAACCAUUACGAGAGUAGCUGUAUUAAACAACCCAUGGCUUUUCUUUGCUAAGCAAGUAUACGAUCGCUACAAAGCAAAGAAAAUGCAAGGAAAAUUAUCUGGACAACAAACAUGUGUAGCUGAUGAUGUAUGCGGGGGUUCAUGUAUCAAAAGCGAAUGUAUGUGGUACUGUGACAACGUAUGUAAUAUAAUGGCCGAUGAUAAGUUUAAUUGGCGAGGAGAUUUAGUUGAGUUACCAUGCAAAUAUUCAGCAUACGACUAUAGUGGUGCUGGAUACUUUUAUCCGUCAGAUCUUGCAUUCCAUAUUAAAGAGCGAGGCCGAGAACGUGACAACAUGAUGGUUUUCAGACGUUUAGAUCAAAAUGGCGAUGGCAGGGUCUCUGCAAGUGAGUUUAGUAUUACAAAGAAAUAUCUUCUGAUUGACCAAGAAACCUGCUAGUGUUCUAAGAUGUUUGAAAAAGAAACAACGCCAGAAACACCAACAAUAAUUUUGACAGUUCCUAAAAGUGUUAUUUUUAUUGUUCACGUUAAUUAUAUAUCAUUAUUACCUUGACAAUACAUUUUAUUGAAAUAAA